AUGGAGAAAUCAUCUUCUUCAAUGGCCCAACUGAAACAAAAUCCAACAUCAGGUUCAUCAUCAACCAGUAGUCAAAGUCUAAAUGGUAAGCCUAGUGGCAGCAGCAUGAAUUCUGUAAAUACAAUAAACAGUGGCUCAUCAUCAUCGAGUACUGGAGCAUUAUUGAAGCCAUUGAUGUCAACAUUCAUGUCAACGACAUCGGCCAAUGGCGUACCGAAUCCGUAUCCAUUUCGAACAAUGAUCGGCAAUCUAAUGUUUCGAUUACGGCAGCAUCGAACUCAGAUGUUACUCAUACCAUCUGUAAUACGGAUAGUAUACCAAUACCGUCGACCUAUUGUUGAUGGCCUUUCAACUGCAUACCAAUCAUUGGUUGCUGCAAGUCCAGCGUUAUCUGCAUCGGCUCCAGCAGCUGCCAGUUCAAGUGGAGCUCGUAUCUCCGGAUCAUCGGACAUGGACGACUCAGAGUCAAGCAACAGCAACGGUGGUCAAGAAUCUGAUCCAAUGAUGACUUCAGCAUCGAAUCCAUAUCUACAGAUGUUGUUAGCAUCAGCGAAUUCACCAGAUCAACAGGCUCAUCGAUUAAUUCAAAACCAAGUGCCAAGCACAAAUCAUCAUCAACAUCAGCAGCAUCCAUUGGCAAUGACACCGGGAGCCACAUUAUACAAUCUUAUGGCAGCAGCAGCCUACCAAGAAGCUUUACAACAAGCGGCAGCAUAUACAGCAGCAGCGGCACAUCCGCGACCAGCAUCACCAUUGGUUACGACAGCAACUGAAGCAUUCUCACCUGUAGCAGCGGCUGCCGCUGCUUUAUAUCAUCCAUCUUCCUAUGCACCAUUCGCAUUUGUUUAA